GCCCUGCAGAGAUGACUGUCACCAUUCAGCACACUGCAGACUGCAGCAGGCCAGCAAAUAGUCUGUUUAAUUUGGAGGAAACAGCUUGGACUCGACUUUGACAGCUUCUUCCCGGCGUGCUGACGUGAAAAAAAUGAGCCAGCCGGCAAGCCAACUCUAAGGCUGCUCCAUGUUGACAGGUUGCUGUAACCUGUGAGUUGUCAGCUCUGUCCUCUGACUCCAAGUAGCUGCAGAGAUGUGAGAAGGGAUCAUGCCACUGGUCAGGAGGAACAUUGAGCCUCGGCACCUGUGCCACGGAGCGGUGCCCAAUGGAAUUGGCAGUGAGCUGGAAUGUGUAACCAACAACACGCUGUCCGCUAUUAUUCGUCAGCUCAGCAGUCUGAGUAAGCAUGCAGAAAAUGUUUUUGGGGAGCUUUUUAAUGAAGCCAACACCUUUUAUGUGCGUGCAAACUCUCUUCAGGACCGAAUCGACCGCUUGGCUGUCAAGGUCACCCAGCUGGACUCCAGUGUGGAGGAAGUUUCGCUUCAGGACAUAAACAUGAGGAAGGCCUUCAGAAGCUCUACUGUCCAAAACCAACAGGUUUUGUCCAAGAGCAGCCUUCCAAGCUCUAUGGCUGACAUGUACAACAGCAGUGACAGACCUCCUCCCCUCAGCAACCUCACUGCUUACAGAGAGGAUUCUACUGAUGCAAUGAAAUACUACUCUGACCCAUCAUACUUUUUUGACCUAUGGAAAGAGAAAAUGCUUCAGGACACUGAGGAGAAGAGGAAAGAAAGGCGGAGGCAAAGGGAGCAGAAGCGAUGUGUGGACAGCAGCACCGUUCAGCGCGAGGUGAAGAAGGUCAGAAAGGCUCGAAACCGCAGGCAGGAGUGGAACAUGAUGGCGUUCGAUAAAGAGCUUCGUCCAGAUCACAGACAUCCACAGACUCUCAGGCGAGGAGCGUCAUCUGAGGGCUCACUCUCUCCAGAUGGCAGGCCUGACCUCCUAGAUUACCCCAUCCCUCCAGUGCCUGCCCAUGCUGCUUGUAACUCUGCCAAGUCUCAUGAUUACGUUCCUGGGAACACACACCCCUCGCCACCUGUGGAGCAUGAGUACCACAGCAUUGAUAUCAACUACAAGAGAGUAACCUAUGCCACAGCAAAGCCUCCUGCCGCAAACCGAAUGAACAGUUCAAUUCGUCUCCCUGCAGAUUACAAGUCGAUCCCACCACCUCCUGCCCCCGGCCCUCCAAUCCCAUCAGCCCAAACAGCCUUUGGUUUUCCACUGGGUGCGCAUCCUCCAGCGCCACAUAAUGGUGUUGGGCAUGCAGGCCCAGGCUGUCCACUCCCACCAAUACCUCCUCCGGGGACUCGCACGGUCCCUCCGCCCCCAGGUCCCCCACCUCCUCCUCUGCCUCCUCCAGCUGCACCCUCACACCUAGCAGGACACAGUGAAGGCUGCAGACAUGAGACCAAACCUGUGAGAGAUGCAAGAAGUGACCUGCUGUCUGCCAUCCGUAUGGGCAUCCAGCUGAAGAAAGUCCAAGAGCAGCGGGAGCAGCAGAGCAAGCGGGAGCCAGUGGGGAAUGAUGUAGCCACCAUCCUUUCCCGACGCAUUGCGGUUGAGUACAGCGACUCUGAGGAGGAUUCUGAGCUUGAUGAGAAUGAGUGGUCAGACUGACAAAACACAGAAUGCGGUGCCUGGAUGAAGUUUUUCUCUACUGGAUCUUCAGUAGAGAUGAAAGAAGACUGUGAAACACUCAAUCUAGCUCCAUCUAGUGGACGCUUUGUACCAAGCCAUGGCUGCCAAAUUACCCCUACCUUGUAUUUUUAUGACUGUUCAGAUAAUGAAUAUUUCAUGAGCAAAUGAACUAUUGAUGAAGCAUGUUUACACCGUUUGCACCAGUCUGUUUUGUAACAGGUGAAUAUCCUCAUCUAGUUUGGAAGAAAAAACAAAUUCCCUGUAUGAUAAAUGUUUAGCUUUUUACCAUAUGGAAAUGUCAACCAUUUUUUUUAUAUAACAUUGUCUUUGUUAAUUGCAUAUUCUAAUGAAAUGUCCCAUAAUGUUAUCAUUAGUCCCAGCACUAGACCUUUUGCACAGAGGACAUUUCAGUAGAAGAAAAGCACAGGUAUAAAUAAUACAUGUUGUCAUUGGCUGAAAUCCAUGGAGCUUAUUCAGUUUCAGGGUCUAUGUCUAGCUCAAACACACAAGUAGAGAAAACCCAUGCUUUCCCUACUAUGACAAGUCAAAAUGUGUGCUGUGAUAAAGGUCAAUCAGUUAAAAACAAAUGCUGAAUCAUACCAUAAUAUUGAAGGAUCCAAGUGUUUUUGUUUUACAGAAUUUAAUUUACCUGAUAAGUAUGUCAUACUUAAUUCCAUUCAAUAUUUUGUAAUCACUACCUCAGUUUGUGGCAAUUUUACACAUUGCAUGUAUGAAAUUAUCAUGUCUGAUAGUUUGCUUCAGCCAUUUUAUUACUAUUUGCUGUGAUACGUCUUUGACAUAUAAAUAAACUUUCCAACAUUAGCCAGAAAAUCA